CCCUUUUCAUGAGGUCAUUGGCAAGACCACUCUAGCUAACUCUAUCUACAAAAGAAAGGAAGAAGGAUCAACAAAUUUAGAGUAUUCUAAAUCGAUAUUUUCCAAGCCACCAACAACUGAACUCAUUUAAUUUGUUGCUAUGCCGAUCAACAGAAGCAUUACAAGAGAAUAUAUUGGCAAGCCAAUAAGAUGCAAAGCUGCAAUAUGCAGAAAAUCAGGUGAACCUCUUGUUAUAGAGGAAAUUGAAGUAGACCCACCAAAAUCAUGGGAAGUACGGAUCAAAAUUUUAUGCACAUCUCUUUGUCACUCUGAUCUCACCUUUUGGAAACUGGAUCCUUCAGCACCUCCUGCUGCGUUUCCUAGAAUUUUAGGACACGAAGCCGUGGGAGUUGUGGAGAGUGUAGGGGAGCACGUGGAAGAAGUGAAAGAAGGCGAGUUAGUGGUGCCGGUGUUUCUCCCAAACUGUGGAGAAUGCAAAGACUGUGAAAGCACAAAAAGCAACACUUGCAGCAAGUUUGGGAGCAAACUAUUCUUUGGCAUGCCAAGAGAUGGAACAAGCAGGUUUAGGGACAUGAAUGGAGAAGUGGUGCACCAUUUGUUGUGUGUCAGCAGUUUUUCUGAGUAUACUGUGGUGGAUGUAACACAUUUGGUUAAAAUUGCACAAGAUUUUCCUCUUGAUAAGGCUUGCUUGCUCAGUUGCGGUGUUUCCACAGGGGUAGGGGCCGCGUGGAAGGUAGCUGACGUAGAAAAAGGGACCACGGUGGCUAUUUUUGGCCUUGGUGCUGUAGGCCUAGCUGUUGCUCUAGGAGCAAAACAAAGAGGAGUGUCAAUGAUCAUAGGGAUCGAUCUAAAUGAGAAUAAAUUUGAAAUAGGAAAACAAUUUGGAGUAACUCAUUUUGUGAAUCCCACCACUUGCAAGGAGAAGUCGGUCGGCGAGGUGAUUAAGGAUAUGACAAAUGGAGGAGCCGAUUAUUGCUUUGAGUGCAUUGGCUUAGCAUCACUAAUGGAAGAAGCUUUCAAUAGCAGCCGAGAAGGUUGGGGAAAAACAGUGAUAAUAGGGGUGGAAAUGCACGGUUCACCACUGACUUUGAAUCCUCGUACCAUGCUAAGAGGCAGAACUAUCACUGGAUCACUAUUUGGAGGCAUCAAACCAAAAUCUGAUCUUCCCCUCCUUGCUCAGAAGUACUUAGACAAAGAGCUUAACUUGGAUGGGUUCAUAACACAAGAAGUGGACUUCAAAGACAUUAACAAAGCUUUUGAUUAUAUGGUGCAAGGAAAGAGCAUUCGUUGCAUUAUAAGGAUGGAUCAUUAAUUAACUAAUUUAUCAGUACUAAUAUUUUCUUGGUUAAUAAUACUGGUGCUAUAAAUGCAACAUUGUUGUCCUCAACUUUUUUUGCGAAGUGCUCAUGUCACUCCAUGUCUUUAUUGAUAUUUUUUUUCUCAUCGAUAAAAAAGAAUGCUGUGAAGCAAUAAAUAAACCAAUGUACGAUAUCUCAUGCAUAAUAUGGAUUAA